AUGGCCGCAGCGCAAGAGAACACCCAAAAAGAAGGAGAUGAGCAGGAAAGCAUGGCCAAAGCAAUUGAGCUUUCCCGAAUUGUCGAGGAUUUGCCCCGCCUCAAUGAGACCUUCAGGCAGUCACAGUCUAUUUUCGUUAACUCCGUACGACGAAAAGUGUUUCGCCUCGACAACAUUGUUCUGAAGUUUGGGUCCGAUAUAAGCCCUUUUGAGGCGAAAUAUCUUCGCUUUAUUAGCGAGGUGACCAAUAUCCCGGUUCCGCGAGUAUAUCGCGAUUAUAUUCACGACAAUGGAACUAAAGUGAUUGCAAUGGAAUACAUUCCAGGUAGAAUCUUAUCCGCAAUUUGGCCGGAGCUAUGUGACAAGGAAAAGAUGAAACUUGUCGGACAAGUUCGGGAGAUUCUCGAUAAAAUACGGCAACACCGGAAUACUAUGAUCGGGGGCAUCUACGACACUCCUGCAGUAGAUGUCCGUAUGUUCAAGCUCGAGGGCGGACCGUUCUCAACCGAGGAGCAAUUCAAUGAAUUUCUACUAUCCGAUCUCAGUCCUGCAACUCCGGAAAUAUUUCGCUCGACCUUUAGGCGACUGAUGAAGACGAACCAUAAUAUCGUUCUUACUCAUUGUGAUAUCAGUCCACAAAAUAUUGUUGUCAAUAACGGUCAGAUUGUAGGUAUACUGGACUGGGAAAGUGCUGGAUGGUAUCCAGAGUACUGGGAAUAUGUAAAGUUCUUUAAUGCACCGGACCCCUCACUGGACUGGAUCAACUAUGCCGAACAUAUUUUCCCUGAAACCUACGAUCUUCAGUUCACGGUCGACGCUUUCCUCACGCGGUGCCUCGCUCACUGA